CAAUCGAAAGUGAAAAUCCCGAGCAGCACUUGAAGGACUCGCCAGCAGCUGGAGCUCCGGUGGAAACGAACGUGAACAUGAGCGAAGGGAAAGCGGGUGUAACUGUGAAAGUGGUCCUCAUAGGAAACUCUGGGGUGGGUAAAUCCUCCUUCACGAACAGAUAUGUGAAUCACCGCUUCACCAACAUGUACCGGGCCACAAUAGGAACUGACUUCCUCUCUAAGACGGUGAACAUAGAUGGAGCCACAGUCACUCUGCAGCUGUGGGACACAGCCGGAACAGAGAGGUUCCAGUCUCUGGGUACACCUCUGUACAGAGGAGCUCACUGCUGCAUGCUGGUCUUCGAUGUCACGUCCAAAGCCAGUUUCUCUGCCCUGGAGCUUUGGAGGAAGGAGUUCCUGUUCCAGGCCGAGCCCCAGGACCCAGCUGACUUCCCUUUUAUUGUUAUGGGCAACAAGAGUGACCUGGGUGACCGGGAGGUGUCUUGCAGGAUGGCUAAGCAGUGGUGUGAAGAAAUCGGAGCAAACUACUUUGAAGGGAGCGCCAAAGAAGAUGUGGGUGUAGAGAAGCCGUUUUUGAGAGCGGCUCAGAUCGGACUACAACAGUACAAAAAACACACAUUGGAAAAUACAGGACAUUUCCAGAUAACCUGCAAACAGCCGACAGAAACUCGCAACACCUGUGAGUGCUGAGAGCAGCACUCGUCCCCGCGUGGGAGGGAAAGUUCAGAGAGACCUCGGCACUGCUGAUGAUGACCUAUCUAACGAGGGUGCAAAAAUAGUGACCCAGCAAAGGUACUGUGGAAGGAAAGGACACAAUUGUAUACCACAUGGAGAGAGGAACAAACUCAUUAAAUGUUUUUUCUUUUUUUGAGAA